AUGCAUCCACUCACCACACAACUUCUCUCCCUAUCCUUGCUAUCAAGCACAGCUUAUGCACAAAGCGUCGCAAGAAUCUGGACACACUUCUAUCCAAACUGUCCUGGCGAACCAUUCACCAAGCUCGACACGUACGAAAACUAUAGAGAAUCCGGCCCAUCCCAAGACAUCGAAGUGGGCAGCUGCAAGAACUUCGCCGUCCCCUCUUACGAGCACAGGCUCGUCAGCGCCAUCUCCGUCGACGCAGAGCUUCUUUCCCAUAACCACGACCUCCCCUUCCUGGAAGGCGGCAGCGGCUGCAAUAUCACCGUGCACGAGGUCCCAGAAUGCAUUGAUCCGCCCCUGAUCAGCCAAGAGAUUCGGAACGGCGUUGAAGUUAGCCAGUGCGAGCCGCGCCAGUUUGCCGCUUACACCCAGGUCUGGGUGAAUCUUGUUUGCGACAGUGACAGUCCCGUUACCAGUGCCAAUGAUCAUACUCCGAGCGAAGAGGCGCUGAAACAAGCAGACACUCAGCAAUCUCUUCCUACCAACCAGCCUGAUCAGCCUGUGCGCACUGAGAAGCAGACUACCGUCGAGGACAUCAAUAAUAUCCAGACACCUGGAUCGGACGCUGACUCGUGGCAUUCGUCUCAGGCUACGCAGAACCAGCGUGAGCCUGAACAGGAAAGUCGUGUUGACAGUGCCGGUCAUGCGGAGAGUGAUCGCAUCGUUCACCAGAUCAUGGAGCUGUUGAAGAAUAAGACGUCGACUAUCGUCUCUGCGAAGCAUAAUGGGACUCAUCACAUGCAGCCUGGGCCGUUCAAGAACGGUACUAUGCCGGGCAAUCGCACUGUGACGACGCGUCGGCGACUGGCGGUUUUGCGUAGCCGGGUUGCCCGUCUGGUUUGA